CGAAACCGGCGUUUUUCGCCCGCAGUUGAAUUUGAAAUUCGAUAAGUUAAUAUUUUCAGCAUUUGUAUUGAAAACUACACUCAGAACCAAGUAAAAAUGUCUCUUCUACCGCUGUUAUUCGCCGAUCCAUUCGACUAUCAUGUUCCCAGUCGCCCAUCGAGGAUUUUGGACCAGCAUUUCGGAUUAGGACUGCAUCCAGAGGACCUAUUCCAGCCCCUAACCCACAACAACAGGGUUUUGUCCAGGACUCCAGCUGGAUACAUGCGUCACUGGCGCCCCAAUUCCUCCGUACAUGAUACUGGAUCAACCGUUCAUUUGGACAAGGAUAAAUUCCAGGCAAAUUUGGAUGUGCAGCAGUUCAAGCCUGAAGAGAUCACCGUCAAGGUCACUGGGGAUAACGUCUUAACCAUUGAAGGAAAGCAUGAGGAGAAAGAAGACGAGCAUGGGUACAUUUCCAGGCAUUUUGUGAGAAGGUACGUGCUUCCAAAGCAUUGCGACAUUGGGAAGGUCGAGUCCAAGCUGUCCUCCGAUGGAGUGCUGAGCAUUACAGCUCCAACUGUGCAGAAAAUGGAAAUUGAACACAAGACCAUUCCUAUCACUCAUACUGGGGAACCAGCCAAGCAACAGGCUGUGGAACAGAAGAAGUAAAAACUACAUUUUUAUCAGUAAUAUUUUUUAAUUUGUUUUGUACUGAUUUUUCAUUCGAAUAUCAUGUUUCCAUUGAAAGGCAUUUACUAUUCAUAAGGCUGUUUGUUUGUUAUUUUUAUUCAUAAUGUAAUCUUAAUAUUUAAUGUUUUUCUUUGUGUGUUAAGCUACCUAGUUGUAGAUUCGACUAGUCUAGCUUCAUUAUAAUUAAUCGUAAAUAAAAAUAAAUGUGUUCAUGAACUGAAA